AGCCCCCAUCUGUCAACUUAAUUAUUACCCAGUCCCCUUUUGUAACUCGAUCGUCUCUCUCUCUCUCCCUCUCUCUCUCUCUCUCGCUCAUGUCGCAGCCAAAGUGGGAAGGCAAGGUUUGUACACGACUAACAAAUGCCACAGCAGACCAAAUAUGGCCACUCUACAGGGACUUCGUCAACUUCCACAAGUGGUUUCCUUGCCUAGCCACUUGCUACGCCAUCCACGGCACCAACGGCGAGCCCGGUUGCGUCCGAUACUGCGCCGGAUUCUCAAUCCCAUCCAACGGCGCCGGCGCCGGCGCUGACAAGCCCGUUAGCUGGUCCAAGGAAAGAUUGACAACACUGGAUAACGAGGGACGUAGUUUAAGCUACGAGAUAGUGGACUGCAAUAUUGGGUUCAAGUCAUACAUUUCAACGGUCAAGAUUCUUCCACAAGGUGAAGAUGGGUGUGUGAUCGAGUGGUCAUUCACCGUUGAUCCGGUUGAAGGGUGGGUACUGGAUGAUUUGGUGAGGAAGUAUGAGGUGGGCCUUCAGCGCAUGGCUAAGAGAAUGGAGGAUGCGCUCCAGCACUAGGACAAGUAUGCUACUUGUUUCUAAUUUUGGUACUGUGUAUUUGUACCCUUAUUCCCUUUAAUAGUUCCUGAAUGCUGUUGAAGCCUAAAUAAAAUCAGGGUUGUUCACCUAACCCUUUAACU